AUGGACUCGCUAUGCAAGGACCAUUUCUUGCAGCGACAGUAUAGGAAAGUGGAUGGCGGCGUGCUAUGGUCACGUAAUGAGCGUAACCUGGACUGCACGGUGACGUUCCAAACACACAGCAUCCUGCAGAGGUUCAUGCUGCACUUCGACCUGUUGCAGCUGGACUGCAAUGAUCACUUGUAUGUGUACGAUGGUGCGCACGCUACAGGCCCCCCUAAGGCCGACCUCUCCUGCAGGAACACCAAGCAGCAGGUGGGCGCGCUUUUUACGCGCAGCAACUUUGUGACACUCAAAUACGUCACGGACAACUGGGGCACCGACGCCAACGGGUUCAAGCUCGUGGUCACCGGCGUUAAAGAUCCCAAGCAUGGGUGCAAGGAGUUCCGGUGCAAGCAGCGUGAGUUCUGCGUGAGUGCAGACCUAACUUGCGAUGGCGUAGAUCACUGUGCCGACGGCUCUGACGAGGAUACAGCCUCACUCUGCCCCGACGGCAGUGGCGCGGGCGCCGGCGGUGCGUGGUUGGCGAUAGCCGCCGGCUGCGCAGCGCUCGCAGCGCUUGCAGCCGCGGUCGUCUUCUGUUGUAUGUGUCGCCGGCGCGCUGUCUCGCAGCGCACGCAUUUACACUUGCAACAAAUGGCGAGCAGCAACGGCGCCGGCGCUGGAGGCGCGGCGGCGCCGGCCGGUGGUGUCAAGCCGGCCUCCUCGCCUAGCGGCAGCACGCGGCUGCCGGGAAACUGGGCGCUCCCUGCGGGCCCGCGCGGGUACAGUGCGGCGCGGCCGGGCCGCCUGCGGGCGCGGGCGCAGCGCUGA